AGUAACUAUUCCGGAGGAAUUUUUCUCUCUCUAUCGGACUUUUAUAUGCUAUUUAGUCACGAGAAACCCUCUUAUCACUAAUGUAUAUGUGGAAAAAUUGGCAACGACUGAUAUGAUGAUUCAAUAGUAACAUGAUGUCACAAUCUGUUAGAACUUGAAGUUGAAUCAUGUGUCUUUUGUCCAUCUACUUCUGCGAUAAUCCAGGGGAAGAUGAGUACCAGGUCAUCAUAGCCAGUAAUCGUGAUGAGCACUUACGACGUGCCACAGCAGCAGCUGGUUUCUGGGGAGCAAAUGGGGACUGCCUUGGCGGGUUGGAUACCUCAGUUGCGGGUGGAGGGACAUGGCUGGGCAUGAACAAGAAAACUGGGAGGAUCGGUGGUCUAACAAAUAUUGCACAGCAAGGAAGGGAUAUGGAGAAGAAGAGCAGAGGUUCCCUAGUGACUGACUAUAUUGACAGUGACGUGGCUACAACCAAAUAUCUUAGUACCGUAGAUGAUGAGAAGAAGGCAUACAAUAACUUCCAUCUGAUUCUCAUGGAAAGAAUGGAAGAAAAGUAUAAGGUGCACUUAUUGAGUUCAAAAAUGGAAGAUUCCAUCCAUGAGAUAAAUCCAGGUGUGUUUGUGUUGGGGAAUUCUAAUUAUCUGAAGCCCUGGAAAAAGAUUGGGUAUGCAGAAAACAAGUUUACUCAACUCGUGGCUGAACACAACAGUCUCAGUAAGAAAGAUGCCUUGAUUGACGAGUUGUAUGGAUACCUUGGAGAUAAGACACCUUGUUAUCCUGAUGAUGCCCUGCACAGUCAGCUUGGAAUGAAUCCAGGGACUAUCUACAAACCAGAUGGCACAAAAGUUGGACAGUUCGUCAAACCUGAAUGGUUGAGUGCCAUCUGUGUGAAUAACGAGCUUGGAUAUGGGACAAGGAGUCAUACCCUUAUACUGAUAGACAAACAUGGAAACUGUGACUUCAGAGAGAAAACGUUAGAUGUCAAGUUCCCAAAGCCAUCCAAUGAUUGGAUAUCUUCAGCAUGGUCUUUCAAGAUAGGAGAUUGUUAGGUGGAUGUUUCAUUGAAACUGUGACUCUGAGGUUGUGUUGUGUGUAUUUGAAUUCCCAAGUCUGGAGAAUUACAUUGUAUGUUAAUGAUCAAUUGGGCUGUAGGCCUGCUUGCUAAUGAUAGUGAUGUCCUGCAGAUCUAUGAUUAAUUUUUUUGGAGCAAGUACCAUUAUUCAAUGUGUUGUUCAUGAUUUAAGUUUAUAAUCAGGUAUUUGUAUAUUCUAUGAUGAAAUA